AUGGUCCUCUGUCCGAUCUGUGAGAAGUCUGUCUCACAGCUCAAAAUCAACGACCACAUCGAUUCAGGCUGUCAGAGCUUCGUGGAAGAACCCUCUUCUUCCCCGAAUGAUCUACCAUCAUCUCAAAAGGGUCCAGUACCCAGUAUCUUCCAGCCACCGUCCGCACGAAAAGCCCACAGCCAUCAAAGCAGAGAAUUCGCCUCGCGUCCAAAUGUAUCGACUCCACGACCUCUCAAUGGCAAAAGGUCAUUCACACAAGAUUCCCCGCUGUCUCAAGAACAUAAUGGAGUGAAACAACCGAACGAGGAGAGAGUCGAACCGCAAGCCAAGCGGUCAAAAGCCAAUGCGUUCCAAAGGGCUGCUCCACUGGCGGAGCGAAUGCGCCCAAAGAGUCUGGACGAGGUGUGUGGCCAGGAGCUUGUCGGCGAGAAUGGCGUUCUCCGAGGCCUUAUUGAACAAGACCGGGUACCGAGCAUGAUUUUGUGGGGAAGUGCUGGAACGGGCAAGACAACCAUUGCUCGCGUGGUAGCCUCGAUGGUUGGAAGCCGAUUUGUGGAGAUUAACAGUACAAGCUCCGGCGUCGCAGAGUGCAAGAAGAUAUUCGCCGAGGCUCGCAGCGAGCUUGGUCUCACGGGAAGAAAGACAAUCAUCUUCUGCGAUGAAAUCCAUCGGUUCUCCAAAUCCCAGCAGGACGUGUUUCUUGGGCCUGUGGAAAGCGGCCAGGUUACCUUGAUUGGCGCAACCACGGAGAAUCCAUCGUUCAAGGUGCAAAAUGCGCUCCUUUCACGGUGCAGGACAUUCACAUUGUCCAAGCUCACAGACGAAGACAUUGUCUCUAUCCUCCAACGAGCACUUAGAAUCGAAGGUCCAAAUUAUUCUCCGUCGGAAUUGGUCAAUGACGAGCUCAUCCAAUACCUGGCUCGAUUCGCUGAUGGCGACGCUCGAACCUCACUCAAUUUGCUCGAACUUGCCAUGGACCUGUCUAAACGACCAGCCAUUACCAUGGAAGACAUCAAGCAAGCCUUGACCAAAACCCUUGUUUAUGAUCGCGCCGGUGAUCAACACUACGACACGAUAUCAGCAUUCCACAAGUCGAUUCGUGGUAGUGACCCGGACGCGGCGCUGUACUAUCUUGCUCGCAUGAUCCAGUCAGGCGAAGACCCUCUUUAUAUUGCCCGACGACUGAUAGUUGUCGCUUCUGAGGAUAUCGGUCUGGCCGACAACAGCAUGUUAACCCUUGCGAUCUCCACCCAUUCCGCCGUGGAGAAGAUUGGCUUGCCAGAGGCACGUAUCAACCUUGCACAUGCCACUGUGGCAAUGGCCCUGUCGAAGAAGAGUACACGGGCGUACAGGGCACUGAACAACGCCGUUGCUGCAUUGAAUGAACCAGGUGUUGCAGGGCUGCCUAUUCCCAUUCACUUGCGGAAUGCCCCUACGAAACUGAUGAAGGAACUCGGCUACGGCCACGCGUACAAGUACAAUCCGAACUAUAUCGAUGGUCGAGUGCAGCAAGAUUACCUACCAGAGCAAAUUAUGGACCGCACCUUCCUGGAAGAUCUGGAUAUGGGGACGCAACGAGACCCCGACUUGCCCGACAGCCCAUACCACCCCAGAAUUGCUUUCUAA